GACCCCGGAAGGACUCCGCCCCAGCGACCGGGCUGCAGCUCUGCACCCGGCUUCAGCCGGGAAGCAGGCGUGGGCAAGGGAGUACCUGGCUUGGAGUACCAGAUUAGAAGUGGAGUCAUGUCAGAAGAAACAGCAAGGGAAUCACAGUUUCCCUUGAAGAUUGCAGUACUCAGAGUGUUUGAUCUUCCUCUGUCAUGGUACUACUCUCUCUCCCAGAUCAAAUUCUCACCAGUAGCUAAGAAAUUGUUUGUGGUAACUGCAGUGAGUGCCGUGUCUGUAAUUUUUCUGGCCCAUCACUUCAAAAGAAGACGUGGAAAGAAGAAAGGAAAAAUAUUGCCAUGGGAACCAGAGCACCUCAUACUUGAAUGUACUAAAAGAGCAGCUUCAGACAAAGGUUCAAGCUGUUCCAGUAGUAGACAGAAUUUGACGUUAUCUUUAAGUUCCACCAAAGACAAAGGAUCUCAGUCUUGUAACUAUACUAAUGGAGGUCUUUUCAGUAAAUACUCGGGUUCUGCACAGAGUUUGGCUUCUGUCCAGAGUGUCAAUUCUUGUCAUAGCUGUGUGUGCGGCAAUUCUAAUUCCUGGGACAAAGCAGAUGAAGAUGAUAUUAAACUUGUUAAUAUCCCUGUGACCACUCCUGAGAACUUAUACUUGAUGGGUAUGGAACUGUUUGAAGAAGCACUGCGUCGAUGGGAGCAGGCUCUAACCUUUCGACAUAGACAGGCCGAAGAUGAAGCCUGUGGUUCCAUUAAACUGGGUGCAGGAGAUGCCAUUGCUGAGGAGACUGUAGAUGAUAUUAUUAGUUCUGAGUUUAUCCAUAAACUUGAAGCGUUGCUGCAAAGAGCCUAUCGUCUCCAGGAGGAGUUUGAAGCUACCCUGGGGACUUCUGACCCAAAUUCCCUUGCUAAUGAUAUUGAUAAGGAUACAGAUAUUACCAUGAAGGGGAAUAUGGAUGACUUUGGCCUGCGGGACACCUUGAGCAUUGCAUCAACUGAUUCCUUUGCUUCAGCAGCAGAGCUUGCAGAACACAGAGAAGUGCGGCAUCCCUACAGCCUGGAGUCUCUCUGCCACUGCCCUUUUUACGAAGAAGCCAUGCAUUUAGUUGAAGAAGGAAAAAUUUACUCAAGGGUGCUUAGGACUGAGAUGUUGGAAUGUCUGGGUGACAGUGAUUUUCUUGCCAAACUUCACUGCAUUCGACAGGCUUUUCAGGUAAUUCUUUCAGAAACAGCUAACAGGAUAUUCCUUGCUGAGAGUGGAAGGAAAAUUUUAUCAGCGUUAAUUGUGAAAGCACGAAAGAAUCCAAAGAAGUUUGAAGAUGUUUUUGAUGAGAUGAUCUAUUUUUUGGAGCAGACUGAUCAUUGGGAUAGUACUGAAAUGGAGCUUGCGGCUAGAGGAGUGAAAAAUCUUAAUUUUUAUGAUGUUGUUCUGGAUUUUAUAUUAAUGGAUUCCUUUGAAGAUUUAGAAAACCCACCCUCAUCUAUACAAAAUAUAGUAAAUAAUCGCUGGCUAAACUCCUCUUUCAAAGAAACCGCUGUGGCUUCAAGUUGUUGGUCAGUGCUGAAACAGAAAAAGCAGCAGAUGAAGAUUCCAGAUGGAUUUUUUGCCCAUUUUUAUGCCAUUUGUGAGCACAUCAGCCCUAUCCUAGCCUGGGGCUUUUUGGGUCCUAGAAAUUCUCUCUAUGAUUUAUGUUGCUUCUUUAAGAAUCAAGUUGUUUUUUUUCUCAAAGACAUUUUUGACUUCGAGAAGGUACGCUACUCCAGUAUAGAGACUUUGGCUGAGGACCUCCUGCAGCUACUCAAUCGUCGCACUGAGCUUUUAGUGGCCUACCUUGGAGCCGAUGCAUUGCGGCAUACAAGUAGUUGUAUAAGUAGUCAGGGUCCUGUCAUGUCUGGUGGCCUCGUGGAAGCCAAAGUACAAUAAGUACCACAGGAGUCAUAGAAUUCGGGAGUGCUAUGAGAUGUUUAAAGGUAACUAUUGAUUUUGUACAGUUAUUACAAAAUCAACAGAAUUGAUGAAUAUGGACUCAGGGAGGGAAAAAUAUCUGGUAAAGGAUGAGUGUGAACGUACUGUAUUUACACAGAAAUUCUGACAUUGAAUUCCUGUGUAUUGUGUCCAAAGCGGCUUUUUACAAUCUUUAACAAUUUAAGUCAUCAGUGUGUAUUUUAUAGAAAUAUUUCUUGAAUUUAGUUCAGAACUUAAGAGUUCAUUGAGUUGUUGUCUUGAAACUGUCUGAAAUGUCCAGUGUCAUCAUCAAAAGCUGUUAUAAAAAUAGCUUUGCACCUUGAAAAUGUACACUUUAGCCACCUUCUUGGCCCACACAUGUAAGAAUAUAUUACUCCUCAUGUCAACACAUAUAACUUUGCCUGAAGAUGUAUUUUAAAUAGUGAAGUUACUCGUUUGUUUAAUCAGGUUUAGGCAGUAGUGGUGUUUAGUACUGCUUACUUUAUUGCUUGUGCAUUUACUUAUGUAUUUGAAUCAAAGAAAUUGUAAUGGCUGACUAUCACUAUAAAACAAUUAAAUGAAUUGACACUGAGAAGUUUACAAGUUAUAAAUUUGUAUUAGAUUUACUAUAGUUUCUAGAAUACAUGACUGUUAUGAUCAUAAUUGAUAAUUGUCUAAAGAAAUUUUUUUUCUUUAAUUGAUGAGAACAUUCUUCUCAGGGGCUGGAGCAAUAGUACAGCAGGUAGAGCUCAUGCCUUGCAUGAGGCUGACUUGGGCUCAAUCCUCAGCACCCUUGAGGGUCCCCCAAGCUCUGCCAGGAAUGAUCCCUGAGUAGAGCCAGGAGUAGUCCUGAGCACAGCGGGGUGUGGCCCAAAACUAAAACAAAAAAAUUUAAAUAGAACAGUUUUCUCUUGAAUGAAUAGAUUGUUUAAAAUGGCAUUUAUUAACUGUGAAUUAAAAAAUUCCUUGCAUAAUUUUGAUACCGUCUUCCUACAUGUAAAGAUAUUAGUUUUGGUACAGUAAAAUACAAUUUCUUUUUUUUAUUUCUGCAAAACUAAGUUUUAGUUAUUCUCAUAGAGAAAUUAUCACACUAGAAAUUUGUUUUAUGCCCAUAUUUUAAAAAUAGUCAUAUUUUGAAUCUUGGAGAUGUUUUAAGGAAGGUUUUUUUUCUUCUGACAGUAGAACAAAAUAUUUUUAAUGUCUGGAACUGUGUUUCAUAUACUCUAUGAUAAAUAGAUGAACAAUUAUUUGUUCAUAUGGGUAAGUUUCUUCAGAGCAUAUUAGAUAUUUUCAGAGUUGUAUUAAUUUUAUGUCUAACUCAUACAUUACUUAUUUGGAGUGACUGGCUAAGUAUUAAAUGUAUAGAGUUUGCUCCUAAAGUGAACUGUAUUACUUUUAGGAGUGAGUUACUCAGAAGGAUCUAAAAUAUAUUUUUUAAAACAUGCGUAAAGUGCCUAGGUUGUAAGUAAUAGAAAGUGAAAAGUUGGGCAAGGGAAGUUUAAUUAUUUAAGAUUUUAAGUUUGUGUGUACCAUACUAAUAUAAAAUAUUAGUUACAAAUGUGACAUGAAAAGAAUAUAUCUGUUGUUUGCGUAUAUUGUGUUCUCUAACGUAUAGAUUAUAGCAUUAAAUACUAAAACAUUUUGCUUUAUUUUUAAGUAUUUGGGGAGGCCACACUUGACAGGGUUUGGGGAUACUUCGGCUCUGUGCUUGGGGAUUGCUCCUGGAUAUGUUCAGAGGACCAUGUGGUGCUGGAGAUGGAACCAGGAACUCCUGCAUAGAAUGUGUGCCUGUCGAGCUAUUUCUCCAGUCCA